AUCCAGUUGCAAUGCGCACCACUUUGCACUGACGUAUUUGCGAAGGCAGAAUUGCUAUCCACUCAUUACGAUGCUGUUUGCAGAAAGAUACGUGGUAGAAACGGCUAAAGAUGAGCUUCGCCCUUGAACCCACGGCGCUUCCCUCCAACGUGCUUUCUAGCUUGAGCCGUUAUCAUCACAGACGUGCUGGACAGACGAUCAGCAGCAGCAAUGUGGGAUUGCCAGCGAUGAUGGCAACUAGGGAGAGGUUUGGAAGUUACGGGCGACAAUCGGAAGAAUCAUGCCUGGAGGCUGAGGCUAGCAAUGCCCAAUGGGGUAUUUACAGGCUGCGCAGGCUCGGCAAUUGGUACAUUGGGAGCUGGAGACUAUUUACUCGACUAUCGAGGACCAGUAUGCUUCUAGAGUUGGUUCAAAGCACAAUCAACCAAGUUCCAAAAAUCAACUACGCCGAACGUCGGAACCGACGCCGUUUCCCCACUCCAGAUUCCGGAGGGCGACUCAGCACAACCGCUGGUUCAUGUCAAUAAGCUACAUUUUUCGCGUCCAGUAUACGUGUCUGCGCCGUACGCAGCCCGAUUUUGUGUUGCAGAUUCGUGAUUUCUGGCAGCUAUAAUGCGGAACGUUUGUUUGAUCGGCUGUGGCGCUGUAGGCACCAUCGCAGCCUACGUGCUAGAGAAAUCAGGACAGGCCCGUGUUACGGCCAUCUUGCGAUCCAACUAUGAUGCUGUGGAGGAGAAGGGUUUUGAUA